AUGGCACCGUCCGCGAGACAAACGGACUUCGAUGCUCAGUUCCUCGAUCACUUGGUCGGGACUAAGGUCACUACCUAUUACGAGAUCGACCCCCCACAAGAGCUCUCGGCCGUCUCCCCUGCCUCUGAGGCACCUGUGCCACUGUCUGCGGAUCCCCCUCCCGGCCUUUCGUUCCCUGGCUCCCCGCCCCCGAAGGUCUGCCUCUCGUGGAUUAUCACGGAAAAGCUUUCUGAGAGCGCACUCUACCUCGCACAGGACCAAGUCAAUAUGGGCGCUGGGCCUCCUAUGACAGUUGGUAAAUUCCUAUGCCACCUAGAGGAGGACCCGGCACAGAUAGCUUUUAUGCGAAUCUACUAUCAGAUUCCUGUUACUGGGACCGAGUACGCUAAUUUAGCUACUCGAGCUCAGCAGGGCCGUCCUGGCAGGGUCUGUGGUGAACAUGAAGCGUUCAAGGUAUUGAUGAGGCAGGGAUGUAGCCUUGUUCCACGUUUCCUUGGCUACGACGAAAGGAUGCAGGGGCAAAAUGAUCUCGUACCUAGUGGCUUUAUCAAAUAUGUUGUGUGGGAAAAGGUCCCUGGGGAGUCACUCACAGAGGAAUUGUUCUGGAGCUUGGACCGCCCUACACGUGAUGAUAUCCGUGCUAAGUUUCGCGCUGCCUACGAAGAGCUACUACGUUGUGGUGUAGCACCACAGUUGUCAAGAAUUUCCAAAAUCAUCUACGAUCAUUCUACUGGCGAUAUCCGCAUUUCGGGGUUUCAGCGGGGAUGGCCAAUCCUUGACAAACUUGAAUGGUCAGAUACCCUUUACGUUGCGUAUGACCUGGCUGAGCCGCCAGAAGAGGACCUGGACUGGAGUCAGCACCCGGAAAAUUGGGAGUGGUGA